UGAGAUUGUAAUGAAUUAGUUUGUUUGCAGAUGAGCCUGGGAAGCAAGUCAGGAGUGCCAUUAAGAUUAAGAAUACGAGCAAGUCACAUGUAGCGUUUAAGUUUCAAACAACAGAACCAAAGAGUUGCUUCAUGCGCCCGGCUGGUGCUAUUCUUUCUCCUGGGGAAGAAAUUAUCGCAACCGUUUUUAAGUUUGUUGAGCCUCCUGAGAAUAAUGAAAAGCCGAUGGAACAAAAGAGCGGGGUUAAGUUUAAAAUCAUGAGCCUGAAGAUGAAAGUCCCAACAGACUAUAUGCCUGAGCUGUUUGAGGAGCAAAAAGAUCAUGUCUCUGAGGAGCAAGUAAUGCGUGUGGUAUUCUUGGAUCCCGAAAACCCUAACUCCAUGAUGGAGAAAUUGAAGAGUCAAUUGGCUGAAGCGGAUGCUGCAGAUGAAGCACGGAAGAAAGCAUCAGAGGGUAUUGUUGGUCCAAAGCCAAUUGGAGAAGGGCUUGUGAUCGAUGAAUGGAAGCAACGACGAGAGAGAUAUCUUGCACAGCAACAAGGAGGAGUAGACGCGGCUUGAAAAUAAAAGACCACCAAGACCAAAAAGUGUGUGUGUGUGUGUAACUGUGUAUGUGUUUUUUGUUUGUGCCCAGUCAAAAUGUGUUGUGUGAGGAGAUAGAAGAUUGUAUUUAUGAUCAGUAAUCCCAAAAUUAUUUGCAGAGGAGAUCAUCGUGUUUGGUAAUGAAGCAGCGCAUUUUGUUGUU